UUAGUAGUUUUAGUGGCAAUUUCAAGUCUGAGGGUUGACCUUGGUUUCAUGACAUCUGAGCUUGUUCCAGAUGCUCCGUGGUAUUUCGGAGAAAUUAGUAGAGAAAAGGCUAAUGAGAUUCUUAUCGACCAACCAGUUGGAACGUUUUUAAUACGUGACAGCACUACUAAAUCUGGUUAUGUCCUGGCAAUAAAAGAAGCCAACGAAGUUAAGCGCUAUCUCUUAACAUGGGCUCCGCAGCUAAAAAAGUUCAAGUUUGGUGAUACCCUGUAUUCUUCUUUGGAGGAGCUUGUAAGACUUCAUACAUCACACUCUUCAAGUACACGAAUGAGACAACCAGCACAGAAGGCGACUUACGCAGCAUUGUAUUCAUUCCAAGCACAGGAAGAGAGUGACCUUUCGUUUCAGAGGGGAGACUUGUUAACCUUCAUAAGACAGAAACGUGACUGGAUACUCUGCAAGUCAAGUGAUAACCAAGUUGGUUGGGUGCCUUCAAAUUAUCUCACUCCUUUCACACCUGAAAUUGUAGCCAGAUUAAAGGGACACUGUGAUCAAGUUGGCUUAACAUAUUGUCAUAUGCUGAAAUCAAUUCAACUACCUGCUACUGGGAAGGUUGUUAGAGCAAGAAAUCCAAGCAUCUUUGCGACAGGACAUCUGAAAGUUGAAUGUGAUGAUGAAGUACAGAUAAGAAAGUUACUUCCUGAUGGAUUCUGUGAUGUUUGGCGUGAACGUGAUCAAGUGGGUGGUUUAGUGCCGAUAAAUUUCUUAAAAAUUGAAUGCAACUAAUCAAAUCAAGCUGAUGAUGUGGGUUUUUUGGCUUCUGUUAAUAACUCUCUUUUGUUUUAAAGAAUGAAUAAGAAGUAAAAGCCCUAAUUAUUUGCAUUUUAAUCAAUUUACUUAUACAUUUGUAUAUGAUUGAUAAUAUUGAUAUUUGUACUUUGAUUUCAUUAAUAUAAUAAGAAUUAUAUUAUACUUUACAAAAUU